AAGUGUCGCAGAGGGCUCCGCUCCAUUCUGUGGCGCUGCGUGGAUGUCAACCAGGGUUUUUAUCAGCUAAUCAACAGAAACAGCUUUCAUUGUAUUUUAACUAUAUAUACAAAGGCACAGAAUGGCCACUGAUUCAGGCUACGGUGGCUCACAAAGCUAUGGGUCAUAUAGCGGCCAGCAGGGUGGACAGGGUUAUGGACAAGGAAAUGGCAGUGGCUCCUAUGGGGGUCAGAGUUAUGGUGGCUAUGGACAGCAACCCGCAGCGACAAAUGAUGGUUAUGGCCAGUCUCAGCAACCUAGCUAUGAAAGUUACGGACAGGAAUCAUCAGGGUAUGGUGACAAGUCGUCAGCAUCGUCUUACGGACAAGCUUCCUAUGGUAGCCAGAGUCAAGGAGGAGACAGUUAUGGACAGCAGGGAGGCGGCGGCGGCAGUGGUGGUGGUGGCGGCAGCGGCGGUAGUUAUGGAAGAUGGAGUGAUGCAGGUGAAGGAGGUGGUCAGGGUGGGAGAUUUGGACGUGACCAAGGAGACCGUUCAGAGGGAGGCGGGGGCUACAGAGGCAGAGGCCGUGGUGGCGGCGGCGGCGGCGGCUAUGAUCGUGGCGGCUAUGACCGUAGUAGUAGUGGCGGAUAUGACCGCAGCAGUGGAUACGACCGUGGCGGAAGAGGCGGACCUCCUGGUAUGGGAGGUGGUGACCGUGGUGGCUACAAAAAUUACGGUGGCUCUCGAGACUACGACUCACGGGAUGAAUCAGCAGGUGAGCAGGACAACUCCGACAACAACACCAUUUUUGUUUCGGGACUGGGAGAAGAAGCCACAGUUCAGGAAGUUGGCGACUUCUUCAAACAAAUUGGUAUCAUCAAGGUGAACAAGAAGACUGGCCAACCAAUGAUCAACAUCUACUCUGACAAGGCCACCGGCCGGCCAAAGGGAGAAGCUACAGUGUCGUUUGAUGACCCGCCCUCUGCUAAAGCUGCUAUCGACUGGUUUGAUGGUAAGGAUUUCUGUGGCAAAACCAUCAAAGUAUCAUUUGCCACUCGCAGAGCUGAGUUCACACAGAGAGGAGGAGGAGGUGGCGGCGGUGGAGGGGGAAGAGGUGGACGAGGAGGUUUCAGAGGUCGUGGUGGAGGAGGAGGACCCAACUUUGACAUUAAGGGAGGAGACUGGCCAUGUCCUAACAGCUCUUGUGGCAACAUGAACUUUGCACGGCGGCAAGAGUGUAACAAAUGUGGCGCUCCCAAACCAGGAGAUGCAGGAGGAGGAUUUGGAGAUCGUGGAGGCCGAGGCGGCUAUGGCGGUGACAGAGGUGGUGGCUUCAGAGGCCGCGGAGGAGGUUUCCGUGGGGGAGACCGUGGAGGCUACGGAGGAGGUGGUGGUGGAGGAGGAUAUGGAGGAGGAGGCGGCGGCGGAUACAAAAUGGGAAGAGGUGACCGUAGAGACGACAGACGAGACCGGCCAUACUAAGUGUUGCAGAUGGAAACCAUUCCAGCCCUGGAGUUCACCGCGGAGGGAGGGUUUAGUUUUGGGAAACUGGAGGAAAGGGCUGCAGAUCAGACAUUCUGAUUCAUGCACCUUUUUUUUGUAGAAAGUGUCUCCCAACUAUUACUGCUCAUUUGAGCGAGGGACAGAUGUGUUGAGCUACUGUAAAGGGACUUUGGGGCUGAUUUGGCGCUUUUGGCAUGUUUUGUUUUUUUUUCUUUCUCAGCUUUUUUUGUUUUAUUUCUUUGUACAUCUUUUUAAUUUCCUCUCAGAAUCUAGUCGCAGAUGUUAUGUGAGGUAGACUUCUUACCAUUGUUUUGUAUGAACGGAUUAAAUGUUUUACUUGGGUUCUCUUUUUUUUUUUUUUUUCUUCAAAAUGAUAUUAAAAACUGUGAUCUUUUCUCUGA